AUGGCCCGUUCACUCGCUCUUCUCGCCCUGGCCAGCGGCGCUCUGGCCGCUCAGUCCACCACCGUCGCUCUCCUGCUGCCCUAUGCAGAUAUCCAAACCAUCGACGCCUCAAUCAUCGGUGCCGACAGCACGGCCACCACUUACCUCGUUGGCUGCCCCAAGGGAGAGGACGGCAGCGACUGCGGCUUCGCUGCCAGCCAGACCAUCACUCAGGGCCCGUCCACCUGGAUCUACUCAGCAACCUUCAGCGCCGACCCUGCUGAUGAGACUGACCUUUCAGGCUCUGAAGUCCAAGGAGGCGAGUGCAAGCUCAACACCAAGGCCGAUAACGCCGACUGCACCAUGUACAUGACCGCGACCUUCACCGGCGCCGUCACUUCCACCACCUCGGCCACCACCAUGACUUUCCUUGACGUCCAGACUCCUGUUACCAUCACCGCUGGUCUCGAGAAGCUCAAGGCUGCCCCUGGCUCCACGGCCACAGAUGCCUCAACCACUGCCCCCGCCAGCACUGAUGCUUCUUCCACCGGACCCUCACAGACGACUCUUGCUAAGCACACUUCAACCGGAACUCAGACCGGUUCCAGCACCGGCAAGCCCACCAGCACCAACGCUGCCGGCAUUGUGAACAGCCAGAACGGUCUGCUGGCUGGUGUCGCCGCCUUUGUUGGUGGUGCCAUGAUGCUGUAA